UCUCUCUCUCUCUCUCAUAAAUCCACAACCCACUAUUACCAUAAACCAUCUUUUCUUGACAAACAUCACAAAAACCACUACUGCCACUCCCCACUUCACUCCGACCAGACUAGUCCCAUCCUUACCCCUUAACACUCUCUCUCUCUCCCUCCCUCCCUUAUUGAAUAAACUUCUCUCUCUCUCUCUCUAGAAAAGCAUUUUAAUUUUCUUAUAUAGUCUUUUAAUUUUUCCCUUUAUACAUACAAAUUAAUAUAUUUGCCCCCAUCAAAAUCUCUCUUUCUUUUUCCAAAUUUUAUUAUUUUUAUUACCAUCAUUAUUAAUAACAAUACAGAAUAAUUCUUCCUGAUCCGGCUAUAUAUUCCACAAAUUUAAGCACUAAAAGAGAAUGUCACUGGACAUGAUGGCGUCCGAACGUGUUUGUUAUGUUCAAUGCAACCUCUGCAACACCAUCUUAGCGGUCAGUGUUCCAUGCAGCAGCUUAUUUACCAUCGUCACAGUGAGAUGUGGGCAUUGUGCAAAUCUGUUGUCCGUCAAUAUGGGAACUUCAAUGCCAACUAUUGCUCCUCAAGAUCCCCAGAAUAAUAAACAGAUUGUAAGCUCAGAAGAUUCAGGUAAGGAGUAUGGAUCGUCUUCCAAUAAGUGCGACAAUAAUAAGCUUGCCUCAUUUGAAUCUGUAAAGCAUGAUCAACCUACCAGAUCUCCACCCAUUCGCCCUCCAGAGAAAAGACAACGGGUUCCGUCCGCAUAUAACAGAUUUAUUAAGGACGAAAUCCAAAGGAUUAAAGCUAGUAACCCUGAUAUAAGUCACAGAGAAGCUUUUAGCACUGCAGCAAAAAAUUGGGCACAUUUUCCUCACAUUCACUUUGGGCUAAAGCUCGAUGGCACAAACAACAAGCAGCAGGCAAAACUAGACAAAACAAUUGCAGGAGAUCAUCAGGGAACCCAAAAAACCAAUGGAUUCUACUGAACAACAGAUGGUACUUCUGUGAAUAUAUAUAUAUACAUAUAUAUAACGUUGAUGAUAUAGCUAGCUAUAUUUAGCUAGUUUUUCAUUGUAUCAAUAAUUCAGUAAUAUAUAUGUAUGUGUAUGUAACCACUAUAUAUAUUUGGAAAAUUAUGAGGUUGGUGACGUUUCCUAACUCUUUAGGAAUGGCAUCUUGAAAAACCUUUAGGCUUUUACGUGUGCGCACUCACUAGCUUUCUUUCCCAUUUCAAACGUUGUUUUUUGUUUCCUAUGUGAGACCGCUAUAUCUCUCUAUGUAUGUAUUCUUCAACUUUAUCAUUUUUAAGUAAUGUUUAAUUGUCUAUUCCAUGGAAUAA